CACCUACUACUACUACUACUACUGAAACCGUGAAGAAACCCUGUAACUAGUCGUACUUAAUAUGAUAGUUUAAUUCUCGUUUGCUAUGGCAACUUACGUUAGUGUGAUAAGGUUAGGAAACGUUUUAGGAUCUUGUGCAAGACGAGGAGGUUCUACCGGUUCCAGUAUUGUGUUUAAUUAUAGACAUAAGAAAUCCAUUACCGGCAGCCCUGUUCACAUCAGUACCCCUGGUUCAUUCACAGGUUAUCGCCACCUUUUUUCUGCUGCAGCAUUGGGUGUUGAUAGCUAUGAAGAGAAGAGAGAAAAAGUUGCAAUUGAGUUUAAAAACCUUAGAGAUAAAUUUCAACAGCGAAUGCAACAGGUCCUACAGUCAGACAACCAGAGUUUGAUUUUUACUGAGGACCUCAAGAAUGCCAUUCAUUUAGCUGAAUGUGAAGAUGAUAUGUCUUUGGUUAUUGGAAUGGCCAAGAAGUUUAACUCGCAGAAUGUUGGCCUUCGUUUUGGUGUGUAUAUUUUUGGACCUGUAGUCAUGCGCAUGUUUCAUUAUGUGAAUCAUCCACAGUAUAUGUUGCAGGCUUUGAGAUCAAAAGAACUUGAAGGAUUUUUUGAUCAAAUUGCAUCAUACCAGUUGGCAAUGGAUCUACUAUAUAAAGGAGGCUUGUACCAGGAUGCAAUAGAUGUUUUUGAAGAACUUCAGGAGAAGAGACUUAAUGGCAUAAAAUAUCCAAAAAACUGUUUGACUCUUGCCAUAGCAGCAUGUUAUAAAAUUAACACUCCAGAAAGCUACCAAAAAAUGAUUGAAAUUUUUGAAGGGUCACAAGAAUAUGGUACUCACCUCAAUGUACGAAUUAUUUCAUUUGCAUCAGCACUUGCAUUAAAUCAGGGUUUCCCUCAUAUCUCCAUAGAGAUCCUUUCUAGAGCAUUUAAUGUGAGAAGGACUACCAUUAUGAAUUUAAAAGUGUUGUCACUGGUAGAAUUAGGCAGAGUUGAGGAUGCUCUACCAAUCCUGAGGUCUGUGUUGAGAGCUGACCUUCCAGAUACAAUUUCAAGAGGUGACAGUCAACAGAUUGUCAGAAAUACAAUUGAGAGGGUGGAACAAGCUGUAAAAAAUGCUGGCGAUAAAGAGCUUAUAGCAGAAUACAAUAACAUAGCAAAAGGUCUUGAAGCAAAUGGUCACAUAUCUGAAAAGCCUUUGGAUGAAUAUAUAUGUGAACCUGUCGCACAGUUGCCAUCGAAGACUUCAAAAUUCAAUGAUCGCAGAGACAGAGCGAUGCUUGCUGCUUCGUUCAAUCGAAAUCGUGGGACACAAUGGCAUGCGAGUAGAAACAGAAGUAGACCAGGAUUAAUGGAUAUGGAAUAAAUUGAUUAACAUUUGUACAGUAAAUGACAUUAAGUCCUUUA